CCCAGGGAGCGCCGCCGCGGCUCGCCGCCCAGGGACGCGCCGGCCGGUGGUGAGAAGGAUCGUGAGCUGGCGGAGGAGGUUCAGGAAUCGGCUGCGAGGGCGCAGCACCAUCGCCAGCUAACGCAGCAACGGGAGGAGUCCCCGCUGAGUGCCCGCGAGCUGCAGCUACUGGACUCUGGAAGAGACGACGGACUGCCUCUGGACUCCAGCAAGGAACGCGACCUGCUCCAGAUGUUGGCACCACUGUCGCCGGCAGAGCGAGAGAGGCUGCUGCUGGACUCGCUGCGAGGCUCCGGUAAGUUCCGCUGGGGCCGGCGCCAGCAGGAGCAGGUGUCUCCGCCGCCGCACUGGGGCUACGAUGCCAGGGUCGCCAACCGCGCGCACAGGGACCGCGAAUCCCCCAGCUCUCCGCUCGAUCCAGGCUACGUGCGGCACGCGGCGUCAAACUGGCCGGUGACGCCGCCAUCUGGGUCCCGUACGCCGCGCACGCCGUCUCAGUCGCCCUCUGGCUCCGAGUCGUCCGGAUCUCCGCCCCCGGCAGGCCAGGCUCCGGGGGCAGCAGCGGGGGCGACGCAGCGAGGGGGUGGCGUGGGCGGCCGGGCCCCGCGGCGCCGCGACAGCGACGACGAUGACGACGACGACGUGCCAGCGGGCGGCUCGCUGACGACGCAGCUGCUGCAGCGCUGGCUGCGCUCCAGGCACGCGCGUGUGGGAAAGACCACCUCACAGCCCUGA